AUUCGAGACGAGAGCGUCUUGAAAAUCUGACGUUUUAUUUUAGUUUGUGCAUGGGUUUCGUUUAAAAUCGGUGAAAAAUAAAAAGAUGGAAAAAUGUCAAGAUUUUGCGAUGGAUUCGUUUCUAGAAGAACUCGAAGUGUUUCGCUGGAGACUAUACAUUGCAAAAGAUGAAAGUGCCAUCGAGAGAAGGAAUUUAUUUGAAGAGGCCUGUUCAAAACAAAUCUCCGAACUAUUCAUUGAAGAAUGUUUGAUUGCUGGUUGUGAUACGAACUCGCUCAGCAAUGAGUCAAAAUUGAUGGUGAAAAAGUUGAUGCAUAAAGGAGAUAUGUUGCCGUCAAUUCAGCGUGACGAUGAUAAAUUUUGGGAUUUUAGUCGUCUUCGAAUGUGUCUCCUCUAUGGAAAUGAGCCGCUGUUUAUGAAGGGCUUAAAAUUAAUCGCCCGAAAGAAUCCGGAUAAACUGAGGGAGAUCAUAGCAAAUAGUAGCGAUCUACUCAACAUAGCCGCUUCAAAUCAUUUGACAUUAACAAUUGAAACGUUGGUUGCGUACGGUGGAAAAGUGGAAUAUCCAGCAUUUUUAUCGGCUUGUAAGUCGGGAUCGUGGCAAUCGUUGGAGAUAUUGCUGCAGCAUUUGGAUUUGGAAGAGAAUAAAAUGCCAUUGCUUCGGGAACUAUACAAUUCGGCUCGCAUUGCCGAUGAAUCGCGUCGUGAACAUUACGAAAAAUGUUAUGAUUUGCUGCUGAACGAGAGCAAUUUCGAUGUAAAUUCCAUGGAUUCGCAUGGUCGUUCGGCCAUGUAUUAUGUGUCAAAUUUACCGAAGAAAAUUGACCAGUUCCUUGAAAUGGGCACGUAUGUUGGCAUGCAAAAUGGAUCAACAACGCCAAACGUAUCGUUCAUUGCACCAGCCGCACUCGAAGCUCAUUUCAAUAAUUGCGUAAAUUUCGUUCAAAGUGAAGAUAAUAAGAAGGUGACAUACCUGGAAUUCGACUUCAAAAAUUUGAUUGCACCGAGAGCCGGCCAUGAUAACAAUCAAUUUGUGUUCCCAAACGAAAUGACGGCCAUUCAAUUUAUAUCACAAUCGGUUGAUUACAAGCAUUUACUCGUCCAUCCGUUGAUUUGGAGCUUUAUAUCGUUGAAAUGGCGUCAAUUGGCAUUGAUUCGUAGUAUUGAUUGUGCUCUCUAUGUUGUAUUUGCUCUGUCCAAUUUGUGUUACGUUUUAGCCUUAUACGGUGACGCUCCCAAUGAAAUAACGAAUGUAUUUUUCAUCUUAACCGGAAAUAUGACAUUUUACGUGGCAAUUCGACGGAUCGUACAUUUACUGUUUUGCAGCAAUGAGUAUCGUCGAACGUUGAUCAACUAUUUCCAUUGCUAUCAAACGUUUCAGGUAAUUGUUUCAGUGAGUUUGGUCCAUUAUCUGGAAGACAUCAAUCCGGUAAUUCCGGCCAUGUGCGUUCUACUAAUUACAUGUGAACUAUUCGUAUUGGCUGGAUCGAUCUUUUGGACAUUUUCACUGUACUACAUCAUGUUUUUGAGCAUUGCCUGGAGUUCAAUGAAGAGUUUAAUGGUUUACAUUGUACUGUUGCCAUCGUUUAUCAUCUCCUACUGGUUGAUGAUCACCAAUAAAGAACCGAAUAUUCAAGAGAACACGUACAAAAAUCAAUUCUUCGAUUAUAUGCAACAAGCACUUGUUCCCAAUUCGGCAGAUCCCAUCGGCGACAGCCAAUUGGAGAAUUUCAAGAAGAAGUUUUUCUCGUUGAUACGCAAGUUCAUUGAAGAAGAGGAUGACAGCGAUCAUGAAAACACUUCAACUGUGGUGUUGUCACUGAUGAAAGCCAUCAUCGGAUGGCAUCGAGAUGUGGAUGACAAAAUUGCCAGCGUGGAAUGGACCUUUUUGGGAUUGCUCAUUGUCAUGAUUUCGUUGGUUUCAAUCAUCAACAUGAAUUUGGUGAACAGUCUUGCCGUCACUGGUACCCAGGCCAUUCAAUCGAAAUCCGAACUGACCUGUUUGACACAACGAGUUCAUCUAUUGAUCCAAUACGAAGAAUCGCUGACUAAUCAAAAACAUUGGUUUUGGCAAACAUUUAAGAAAACUCCGGUUAUGAGAUUGUUUGACUUUUUCGCUCAAUUUGAUGUAUUGGAAAGCAUCCGGCCGGAUAACCAUCGAAAAGUAUACAUUGGACCAGGAAAUGAAAUCAUCUAUCGUAUCCAGUCACAGAAUCAAAGCUCGAAAAGCGGUGACGUUGGAAUUGUAUCGAAGGCUUUGUUCAGCCCAAAGAAGGGAUCUCAAGUGGAUAGAAAGAGUAAAGAUUCAGAAGAGAAUGAAGACACUGACGAAUCGCAACGGUGUUGUUCACAACUUUGGAAGAAAUUCAUUGGCAUUUUCUUUAAUAAAACGGAUCGCAUGAAUCCGCAAAUUGUGGAAAAUGCUCGCAAUGUCAUCGACCGCAGAAAAGAUGAUCAAAAAGAAAAGUCCGAUAUAGACACUUGCAUACAUCGAAUUGAAAAACUCGAAACGGUUAUUACUACACUAACCAAGAAAUUGGAUGUUAUGGUGAAAUUCGAAAAUUGAAAACAACUUAUUCAUUUGAUACUUUUGCACGUUUUUAUUGAGUGGGUUUUACGAAGUCAAAUUUUAAGCUUUAUUCAAAUUAUUAGAUUACAUUGUUAUGAUUUAUAUUAAAUAAAUAUGAAGACUGAUAAACAGAAUGAGAUUCUCGUAAGAUGGUUUGUGUCAGAAAAAUAGUUCAAAAUUCUGAUCGGUGAUAUAUAUUCAAAAUGAAGUUUAUUAUCUAAAUGUCAGCGACUGGAAUUUUGAUGAGUUUUUCUGGUACAAACCAUUUUGCGUGGAUCUCGCCUUGUUCAUCAGUAUUUAAAAAAAAAUGAAAA